AUGGCCACUUCUGGACGCCUCAGCUUCACCGUACGCCGGCUCCUGGAUUUACCGGAGCAGGACGCCCAUCACUUACGGAGGCGGGAGCCCGAGCUACGCGCCUCCUGUCGCGGCUCCCGUGCCACCUGGCUGGAAUCCGAGUGCGGCACCUACGCGUCCUCGGACGAGAGCAGCCCAGAGACCAGCCCUCCCGACUCGUCGCAGAGGCCGCCUGCUCAGCCUGCAUCUCCGAGCUCAGACGCCGAGAAGAGGAAGAAGCGGCGGGUGCUGUUCUCCAAGGCUCAGACGCUGGAGUUGGAGCGGCGCUUCAGGCAGCAGCGAUACUUGUCCGCGCCCGAGCGUGAGCAGCUGGCGCGCCUGCUGCGUCUCACUCCCACGCAGGUCAAAAUCUGGUUCCAGAACCACCGCUACAAGCUGAAGCGCACGCGUGCGCCGGGAGCUGCGGAGUCGCCCGACUUGGCAGCCUCUGCUGAGCUGCGCGCCGCGCCCGGCUUGCUGCGCCGCGUGGUGGUACCGGUGCUGGUACAUGACGGGCAGCCGUGCGGUGGCAGCAGCGAAGUGGGCACAGCCGCUGCCCAGGACAAAAACGGCGGGCUCCCAGCCGCCGCCUUCCCUCUGCCUGGCUACGCCACUUUCGGGCCCGGCUCCCCGCUCAGCCUCUUCCCAGCCUACCAGCACUUAGCAACCCCCUCCUUGGUCUCUUGGAACUGGUGA